AUGGAGGGGCCUUCAGGAGACUCAGUUCCAAGCCAGCCUUUGAUCGGAACACUCAGAAGAAGUAUGAUACCCCAGAAACUACAAAAGAAGAGAGAGGUCUUGGAAGGCAAGAGAAAAUUCAAGGCCAAACCCAAAAACCAACUUGGUGAAACUACCAGAAGUCCUAUGAGGUUGACCAGUUGCAUCUUCCAAAGGCCUGUGUCUAGAAUAACUUCUUAUCCUGGGAAUAUCAGCAAGAGAAGGAAAGACCAACAGAACCUAGAGAAACCUCAGCAGCUAUGUGCUUUGAAGAGGUUGCAGGACCAUCAGGGUGGAGGCAGGAAAGGGGACUUUUUAUGUCCAUUGGAUUCUACAAACUCUGUAAACCGAAGUGCACUGGGAAUGCAGGAUGGUGGCAAUAUCCAAAGUGGUCUUAAGGAUCUGCACACUUCCUCAGAGUUCAUCUCUGUCCACCAUCCAUGGCUGGAAAAGGAACAAGGGGCCCUCAGCAGUCCAGGGGUAACAAUUCGAGCAUCUCUUCAGCUAUCACCAUCUUAUUACAGAGGAGGGGUGACUACUGCAGAUAUCUACAGAAAGGCCAAGAAGGUGAAGAGAGCCCAGAAGAGACUGGCUGAUACCUUAGAGGAAGACAGGCUUGCCAGACAGGCAGAGAACAUGAGGGAUUGA